AUGUACAACGGAGCCCUAAAGCUAGGUAUCCAGCCAGCCCUAGACCCCAACAAUGGCCGCGCUCAAGGCAUAUUCCGCCUUCUUCGCUCCGUUGAUCCCGAAGCCCAGACGCGUUCUUCAGCUCGAGUCAAUCGCUAUGAUAGGGACGCUACGAGGCCAAACUAUCAUAUCCUCUCGAAUACGGCGGUAUCGCGCAUUCUGUUCGAGAAUAUCACCGCUGUAGGCGUGGAGUAUAUCAGCACGUCGAAUGGCCAGAAACACACUGUCCAAGCGAGCAAAGGAAUCAUCAUAGCUGCUGGAAGCGUUCAUACUCCGCAGAUCCUGCAACUUUCUGGGAUUGGCGACACUGCUCAUCUAAAGAGCUUGGGUAUUGAGACUGUUUCAGGUCUCCCUGGUGUCGGUCGAAAUUUGCAGGAUCAUCUGGUUCUGAAAGUGAAUUACAACUAUACAUCUAAUCACUUCCCGAAUGGCGGUUCAUUGCAGUCCAACGCCACGUACGCCACAGAACAACGCGCUCUCUACGACGCUGGAAAAGCAAGCGCAUUCGACCUCACUGGUACAACUGGUAAUCUCAUGAUUCAGCUACCGCUGUCAAACUGGACGAAUGACUCCGCAUCUAUCAUAUCUCGAGCAUCUUCAUUCUCAACGAUCGACGUACUCGGCAACGAUAUGAACCCAUCAGUCCUCGCUGGCUACGAAAGACAGCGUGCCAUUAUCAUCAAGGACAUCAACAUAGAGGCUGUGGGUGGUCUAUCAUGGAACACCGGCCCAGAAACAAGCAUCUACAUGACCCGCCCUCUCAGCCGUGGUUCAAUCACCAUCAACUCAACUAGCAUCCUUGACGCUCCACUCAUCGAUUACGGCGCGCUGACAGACCCAACCGACCUCGACAUGUUAUACGCGAUCUACAUGAAGAACCGCGAACUAAUGGCAACACCUGAUAUUGCCAUUCUCGGUCCCAGAGAGACAGCACCGGCACCGGGCAUCAGCGAUGAGCAAGAAAUCAAGGAGAAGAUCAAAGCUGCCUUGCAGCCGAGUAAUGCACACCAAUGUUGUACUGCUGCUAUGAUGCCAAGAGAAUAUGGCGGGGUCGUCGACCGGCAGAAUAGAGUCUAUGGCACGUUCGGACUGAGUGUGGUGGAUGCGAGUACGUGGCCGCUUGUUGCUGGUGGUGGGCCUCAGGCUACUGUUUAUGCUGGAGCUGAGAAGGCCGCGGAUAUGAUCAAGAAGCGUCACGGAUUGCUUUGA